GGUGGCCAGUGUCUUGUGAUCCCUUCGAUCUGCAGACGGUGUUCCCGUCAUUGCUACCUAGUGUCGACGAGGCCCUCCAUACUUUCUAUUAUUGGGUUUGAAUCAGCACUGCCUCGUCAUGAACGAAUUCUUUCUCGAUAUUAAAACAUCAACAUUACUAUCGUGUGUUUGUGUGUUUAUCCAUCGACUGAAUUAACAUCUUUGACCAGCCCAAUGUCUCGCCGCGAAUCUGUUGGACGCCUUAGAGCGGGAUCCCAGUCCGACUCGGCGCCACCAAGUGUCAGAAUGGUGUCCUGUGCCGUUCUACCUCCACGUCUCCCAGCAGGAAUGGCUCCACCCACCGGCAUUGGCGCUUCAGAAGCCAUCAGCUACGAUGAAUCCCUCAACUGGGAGCACAACCAGUCCGCGCUUGAGGAGGAGCCCAGCAGGCGAAAGAGUUUAUUUCGUAAAGUUGGUUUGACCACGCAACGGAAAAGACGCGACCCAGAAGAUGAUCUGCCGCCUUUUGUCAUGCGUCAAAUCCCCUAUGACACCUGGCGAAAGCAUUAUGCAAAGGACAAGGAUGGCAACUACAGAGGGACGCAUGCUCCUGCAGAAGAUUGCCUUCUCAAACCAGAGGAUGUACAAAAGUGGCGACUUGGCGAUCCAGUCACAAAGGCGGACAAAUGGACUCGAGGCAGAGAGGCCCUGCCUGUUUAUUCGGAGGUCCACGCUGAAGGAGCCGUGCCAGAGUAUCAGGUCGACUAUGACAAUCCAGAACAGUCUCUCGCCAAUGAGAGGAUGAUGACUCGAGAGGAUGACAGGUUGGCAGAAUACUUUGAUGCAAGCGACCUGCAUGAGAGGAAGCAGCAGCAAACAUCAAGCACAUCUCCACCAUACCGCGAGCCUCCCACCGCACCAUCGACACUGCAACCCAUUCCACCAUAUCAAGGCCAAACAAUCGCGGAUGGCAAGACGGCAGCUGAAAUAAUCGAAGAAGCUCGAAACAAGGGCAGGCCGAAGUUGACGUGGAGACAGAAGCUGUCCAAAGGUGCCUUGAUGACCAUGGGCGGUCCAGCAGUGCCGGGGAUAGGCAUGUAAGAAGACCAGACUCGAAUCAGAGCCGUGCGCCUUUAGAAGCUGCCACGAUUAAAGAGAUAAAAGCCCCUGACAGGGACAAACGUUAAUAGCACUAGGCAAAACCUGUCUUGUCCCCGAUCACUGAAGGUACCGUCGUCAAAAGGCCCGACCUUGGGGAUGGCUCUCACGCCUUGUGGCAAGCAGAACAAAAACCGGUCCGUGGUCCUAACGCUGGAACCCCAUCCAACAAUGUCGAGAGCUCAUACAUUGUGCGCACUCGAUCGACAGGAACUGCCGAAGACCCUAUUGACCUCGAGCAGGAGCCCGCCGCUGUUGCCAACGCAGCAACCCCGCAUGCCCAAUCAAACACGGGAGCAUUAAAUGACCUCCUAGGACCUUUUGAUCCGGAUGGGUCGGAUCAUCACACAGAAUGGCCUUGCAUAGACCUUGGUGCUAUACUUGAAAACUACGGUUUGGCGUGGCGUGAGCAGCAGACCUUAUUGGAAAUUCGCGAACAACUCUUGCAAGACUAUGUACAGCGCUGGCAGGAGAAAGUGAAGCAGAGAGACGAAGAGGAGCAAGAGGAAAACAUGAAAUUCAGACGAGACGAAGCGGCACGGUUCGAGGCAAGGUCCAAGAGGACAGAUCGAAAGCCGGACAAAGAGGAGAGGAGGAUAAUCAAGCGCGUAUGGAGAGAGAAGAAGAGGAUAAGGCAAGACGCCUGAAAAGAGAGGAAGAAGAUCGCGCGGUUUUUCAGAAGAGAAAGGAGGAAGACUCGGGAAGGCUCCAAAUGGCAUUUGGCCAUCGGCAAGAGAAGGCUCAAAAGAGACUGCAAGAAGACCAGGAGGAACGUGAACAAUUGCACGCCAAUAAGCGAAGCAAAUACGAUGAACUCAACUCGCGCAUCCGAACGGUCGCAAUCAAUAUGAAUCAAGGAGUGUCAAGGGCCAAAGCACCCCACGCACUUCGACAGAAAACCGGCUCGGCCAAAAGACCUUCACAAGGGCAAAGCUCAGAACACGGACGAUGUUCGUUUGCGAGAGGCCCAUGAAGCCCUUUUCUGCCUCGAAAAGACGUGGCUUUGUUGUGUUUGGUAUUCUGGUGCACGUCACUGGGAUGUGGGCUGCUUGCUUCGGUUCCUUUGUCCUCCUUUUCUCUUGGUUUAUCACCAGGCAGGGUGGAAAGGAGAACAGUCCUACUCGAGAGGGAAGCACAUAACCGAAACACAAUUUCAUCGUGCGCAGCAAUUGAAAUACGACAGCGUUCUUCUUCAGUGUUUGGCUGUAUUGGCGCGCAGCCCCAAGUAAGCCACGAAUACAACCCCCAAGCUGCCCCCCCAACCACCUGAAACCCCAA